GGAGGCGGAGCCAGGGCUGUGCUCUCUGGUCACGUGAGGCGGGCGGGUGAAGCCGCGGUGCGGCGGCGCCAUGGCGGCUCCGGCCGAAACGGAGCGGCUGCUAGGCCGCGGCCCCGGGUACGGCACGGUGGAGUCCCCGGCCGUGGCGGAGGAAGAAGAGCUGCGACGCCGUCUCAAGUAUUUCUUCAUGAGUCCCUGCGAUAAGUACCGGGCCCGGGGGCGGCGGCCCGUUAAGUUGGGGCUGCAGCUGGCCAAGAUCCUCCUUGUCACCGUCCAGCUCAUUCUCUUUGGGCUCAGCAACCAGAUGGUGGUGACGUUCAAGGAGGAGAACACCAUCGCCUUCAAACACCUCUUCCUCAAGGACUACGUGGACGGCGCGGACGACUCCUACGCCGUCUACACGCAACGCGACCUCUACGACCGCAUGUUUUAUGCCAUGGAGAAGUACUUGGCCAUUCCCAACGAGACCAUCGGCCGCUAUGCCUACGUGCGGGGGGAGAGCGGCGGGAACCAGUCAGCCCUCAUGCUGUGCCAGCAAUACUACCGUAAAGGGCGCAUCGAUCCGGCCAACGACACCUUCAACAUCGACCCCAAGAUUGUCACGGACUGCCUGGGAGUGGACCCCGAGGACCCACAGACUCUUCCCCCAGAGCUGGAUCGCAGCUACAAGAACUUCACUCUCAAAUUUCACAAGCUCAUCAACGUCACCAUCCAAUUCAAGCUGAAAGCCAUCAACAUCCAAACCAUCAUCAACAAUGAGAUCCCCGACUGCUACACCUUCACCAUCACCAUCACGUUUGACAACAAGGCGCACAGCGGCCGGGUGAAAAUCCGCCUCGACAACCAGGCUGACAUCAAGGAAUGCAAAGAUCCCAGCGUCUUCGGCCGAGGUGACAACUCCUUCCGGCUGUUCUUCGACGUCGUCGUCAUCCUCGUCUGCUCGCUGUCCUUCAUCCUCUGCGCUCGCUCCAUCAUCCGGGGCCUGAUGCUGCAGCACGAGUUCAGCCGGUUCUUCCAGCGCCGUUACAACCAGAGCGUGUGUCUGUCGGACCGCAUGGAGUUUCUCAACGGCUGGUACAUCCUCCUGGUGAUCAGCGACGUCCUCACCGUGCUGGGAACCAUCAUGAAGAUUGGCAUCGAGUCCAAGAACUUUGCCAGCUACGACGUCUGCAGCAUCCUCCUGGGCACCUCCACGUUGCUCGUCUGGGUCGGCGUCAUUCGCUACCUCACCUUCUUCCAGAAGUACAACAUCCUCAUCGUCACGCUGCGGGUGGCCCUCCCCAACGUCAUCCGCUUCUGCUGCUGCGUGGCCGUCAUCUACCUGGGCUACUGCUUCUGCGGGUGGAUCGUGUUGGGCCCCUACCACGUCAAGUUCCGAUCCCUUUCCAUGGUGUCCGAGUGCCUCUUCUCCCUCAUCAACGGCGACGAUAUGUUCGUUACCUUCGCCGAGAUGCAACAGAACAGCUACUUGGUGUGGCUCUUCAGCCAGAUCUACCUGUACACCUUCAUCAGCCUCUUCAUCUACAUGGUCCUCAGCCUCUUCAUCGCCCUCAUCACCGGCUCCUACGAGACCAUUAAGCACCAGUGUGAGGGCGAAGCGCCCGUCUCCCAGCUCCACGCCUACAUCGCCCAGUGCAAGGACAGCCCCAAAUCGGGCAAGUACCGUCGCGACAGCGCCUCGUCCUGCUCCGUCUUCUGCUGCUGCGAGCGGGCUCCUCUACAGGACAACGCGCUGCUGGUGAACUGAGGGAGGGUCCCUCGCCGCAGACCCCCAGGGACACGAGGCACCGGUGCCCCGUGCUCCCCCCCGGCCCCGAGCGCUUUUAAUUUAUUUUAUCGUCUGCUUUUACCAGCUCGGGGACCCCAAAGAGGGAGGGGGGAGAGGCGGUGGCUGUGUCCCCUGCACCUGGGGGACACCAGGUGGUCUCUUGUGGCCCUGUUAUUUUUCUCGACGGACCCUUGGCCCGAACCGGAGCCGGGCACCCCGCGGGGGCUCAGCGUGGAGCCCUCCCUGCACCCCCUUGGAUGUGUUUUAGGGGGGCACCUUGGAACUCUGUAACCUCACAGAUCUGUUUUGGGGGGCAGCCCGGAGCCCUGCGACACACCCCCCCCCAGCCAUUUGCGGGGGGCUCAGCCCAGAAACCUGCGACCCCCCAGCCAUAGUUUGGGGGCUCAACUCGGAGCCCUGCGACCCUUUGGCUGCACCGGGGACUCGUCCCUGUCCUUGUCCCCAAGCCCUGCAGUCCCCUGGCACUGGCAGGGAUGUGCCGGGGGCUUUGUCCCCAAGCCAAGCCGCCCCAUGGCCACAUUGGGGACCCAUCCCUGCCCUUGUCCCCAAGCCAAGCACCCCCUCAGCCACACUGGGGACUUAUCCCUGAGCCCCUCGGUCCCGUCAGGGACUUGUCCCUGCCCUUGUCCCCAAGCCAAGCCACCCUUCGGCCAUCUUGGGGACUUGUCCCCAAGCAGCUCCUUGGCCAGGUUGGGGACUCAUCCCUGUCCUUGUCCCCAAGCCCUACAGUGCCCUGCACGUGUCAGGGAUGUGCCGGGGGCUUUGUCCCCAAGCCAAGCCACUCCUUGGCCAUACUGGGGACUUGUCCCCAAGCCCUGCAGUCCCCUGGCACUGUCAGGACUUUGUCCCCAAGUCCUGCAGCCCCUUGGCUGCAUCAAGGACUGGUCCCUGUCCUUGUCCCCAAGCCAAGCUACCCCUCGGCCACCUUGGAGACUCGUUCCUGAGCCCCUUGGUCCCGUCAGGGACUUGUCCCUGCCCUUGUCCCCAAGCCGAGCCACCCCUUGGCCACAUUGGGGACUUGUCCCCAAGCAGCUCCUUGGCCAGGUUGGGGACUCAUCCCUGUCCUUGUCCCCAAGCCCUACAGUGCCCUGCAUGUGUCAGGGAUGUGCUGGGGGCUUUGUCCCCAAGCCGAGCCAACCCCUGGCCGUGUUGGGGACUCAUCCCUGCCCUUGUCCCCAAGCCCCACAGCCAUUUUGCAGGCAGCUCCGAGGCACAAAGGGUCGCAGCAGCACCCCUUGACCCCCCCAAACCCCCCUUCCACUCCCCCCCACCCCCCCCAGGACCGGGGCACUGGGGUAAGAGCGAGACGGGUGGCGUGUCCCUGUCCUCGGGGGCUGCGGUUUGGGCUGUUUACGCGCAGCAGGACGGGUCAAGGUCGCGGAUUGUAAGCGGCGGAGCAGCUGCUGCCGGCUGGAGCGGGGCCAGCGGCCGCUCGCACCAGGCACCGCUGCCUCCGCCUGCCUUCCCAGCACCCAAAAAGGCCAAAUUUAACCCCAAAUCAGGGUCCUGCCGGCGAUGGGGGCGACCGGCGCUGCUCUGAACGCCUCUUUCAUUCAUGGACUGAGUUGUGGCUGGUCUCAGCCUUGGGGGGAGCUGGGGGGGUUGGUGCUCGCUCUGGGUUUUACUCCCCGGUUUGGGGAGCGGGGGUCGUGCCCUGUGGGGGGGUCCCAGUGGGUGCCCCCGGUGCGGGAGAAUAAAGCCCCCUGGGUGACCA